UAUCUGUCAAUGGAUGAGGUGGCACCUGGGCGACAGGGAGCUCAAAGCCUCGAGUGUGGAGGUGCAGGAGGACCCCAACGGGAAGACGUUCACGGUGAGCAGCCGGGUGGAGUUCCGGGUGACCAAGGACGAGGACGGGGCCCAGGUCAGCUGCUCCGUGGACCACGAGGCCCUGCACGGCUCCCACAGGGCCACCAGCGAGAGGCUGCAGGUCCACUACAAACCCACGGCGCGGAUCGAGCCCCACCCGCAGUACCCGCGCGAGGGGGAGAAGCUGCAGCUGCAGUGCGAUGGGCAGGGCAACCCCAUCCCCCAGGAGUUCCUGUGGGAGAAGGAGGGCCUGGAGGCUCCCCUGCAGCUGAGCUCGGACAGCGUCCUCAUCUUCCCCUUCCUCAACAAGAGCGACAGCGGCACCUACGUCUGCACGGCCACCAGCGCCAUGGGCAGCGUCGUGGCCAAGUACAACCUGGAUGUCAGUGAUGCCAGCCCGGUGCCCUCGGGCUCGGGCACCUACCACGCCCUCAUCGGCGGCGUCGUGGCCGUCAUCGUCUUCCUCCUGCUCAGCCUCCUCAUCGUGCUGGGCCACUACCUGAUCAGGCACAAAGGCACGUACCUGACCCACGAGGCCAAGGGCUCUGACGACGCCCCCGACGCCGACACCGCGAUCAUCAACGCCGAGGGCGGCCAGGGAGGCACCGACGACAAAAAGGAAUAUUUCAUUUAAAAACCCCCAAAAACAUCAC